CUAUGAACCGGGUCUACCUCCAAAGAGAUCGGAACCUUCCCCUCCUCUCUUCUCCCACACAUUAAAACGCAAGAGCGGCUGGGGCUGCUGCUUCUCCUCUUGGCCAAAAUCAGCUCCCGAAAUCCAAAACUAAGAGGAGUGGCCUUUGAGCUCGGAGCUUGCUCGGGGGAUCGAUUUCAGAGUCGGCGGAGGGGAUGUCAGGUCCCCUCGAUCGAUUCGCUAGGCCAUGUUUUGAAGGGUUCAUACAUAAUGAUGAAAGGAAAGAGAGCAGAUCUGAUGCAGACAACUCAGAAGGAGAUAAGAAGACUAAAAUAGGCUCUUUCAAGAAAAAGGCGAUUAAUGCGGGGAAUAAAUUCAGGCAUUCCCUGAGGAGGAGGAGCAAAAAGAAGAACGAAAAUCGAGUUUCCAUCGAGGAUAUAAGGGAUGUUAAAGAGCUUCAAGACGUUGAGACAUUUCGACAAUGCUUAGUUGAUGAGGAUUUGCUGCCACAACAACAUGAUGAUUAUCACAUGAUGUUGAGGUUUAUGAAAGCGCGGAAAUUUGAUGUUGAGAAAGCAAAGAAUAUGUGGUCAGACAUGCUUAGAUGGAGGACGGAAUUCGGGACUGACAAAAUAGAGGAAUUUGACUACACUGAGUUAGACGAAGUUACAAAGUAUUACCCACAGUUUAACCAUGGGGUGGAUAAAGAGGGAAGACCUGUCUACAUAGAGUUACUAGGAAAAGUUGAUGUGAACAAGCUAGUGCAAGUAACAACUAUAGAUCGGUACGUGAGAUACCAUGUCAAGGAGUUUGAGAGAUGCUUCCAGAUGAGAUUUCCAGCUUGCUCUAUUGCUGCAAAAAAGCGCAUAGACUCGUGCACUACUAUUUUGGAUGUGCAAGGCGUGGGUUUCAAGAACUUCUCAAAAUCUGCGAGGGAAUUAAUCACACGAUUGCAGAAGAUCGACAAUGACAACUACCCCGAGACAUUGUGCCGGAUGUACAUAAUUAAUGCUGGCCAAGGCUUCAAGAUGUUAUGGAGCACAAUAAAAUCAUUCCUUGAUCCAAAAACUGCUUCCAAGAUUCAUGUUCUUGGGAACAAGUACCAACAUAAGUUACUUGAAAUUAUCGAUGAGUGUGAAUUGCCAGAAUUUCUCGGUGGCAAAUGCAAGUGUGAUGAAGAUGGAGGUUGCCAAAGAUCCGACAAAGGUCCUUGGAAGGAUCCCAACAUAAUAAAGAGGGUCCUCAAUGGCGAGGCAAACUGUGGCAGGCAAAUUGUGACCAUAUCAAGCACUGAUGGAAAGAUAAUUGGUUAUGCUAGGCCACAGCACCCAGCUAGAAAAGGCAGUGAUGCAUCAGCAGAGUCUGGGUCUGAAGUGGAAGACAUUGCAUCUCCUACUGCAUCAAGGAACCUGAUUACCCACCCUAUUUUGACCCCAGUUCACGAGGAGUUGAAAUUGUUGGCCCAUGCUUCCACAUCUGUUGCUCAUGCUUCUAUUGAAGAAAGCAUUCCUGUUGUUGACAAGGUUGUGGAUGAUGGAUGGGGAAGUCCGAGAGCUAGUCCACCAGCUUCUUCCUCAGCAGGUUCACUGUCCUUGAGAAAUUUGCCUGUCACAUUUGAAGGAAUUCGAGCUCAAAUCAUCACAUGGCUGACAGUCUUAAUCAUGAGUCUUUUUGCCAUGCUUUGUUCUGCAUCGAGCAAAAUGGCUAGAAGAAUCUCAAACCAGUCCAUUAAGCAUGAUGACUAUUAUGUUGAGUAUCCUCAAGAACAUGAGUAUAAGGAGGAAUUCCGACCUCCAUCUCCUGCUCCAUCUUAUACAGAAAAGGAUGUACUUUCAUCUAUGCUAAGACGGCUAGGUGAGUUGGAGGACAAGGUGCAGGUGCUUGAAACAAAGCCGUCUGAGAUGCCUUUUGAGAAGGAAGAAUUGCUCAAUGCAGCUGUCCGCCGUGUGGAUGCAUUGGAAGCUGAGUUGAUUUCUACGAAGAAGGCCCUCUAUGAAGCUUUGAUGCGCCAAGAUGAGCUGCUCGCGUACAUUGACAAGCAAGAGCUGAUCAAAUUUCGUAAAAAGAAAUUCUGCUUCUAAGAGCUGAACCCGGAGCAGCUGUUCUUCAUACGCAGAGCUGUUCAUGUAUAUUGUAUUGGCGGGAAGUAUGUAUGUAUUUUGUUUGUUUGUAAAAGUAUGUAAUUAAGUUAAAAAAAAUUGGCGCGCCGUGCGUGUUCUCUCCCCUACGUCUUUCAUGUUUCGGGUUAUUCAGGUCUAUUUAUGGAGUUCGACGAGGACCCGAAAGACCACGAUAUGAGGUCCAGGUGUUGUUUGUAUGUACACCCAGGCGAGAUAUCUAGUGCUUGCUGGCCUGAGUUGAAAUCUUGCAAGUUGUUUGCGUAGUCAACUGUGUGUUAACUGUUGUAAAAUGAACUGCAUCUGCUAUUGUAUUAAGCAUAUGCUGUUUUAAUUGA